UGAAAUUACGUCAAGUGAACGAUUGUGUAAAAUCUUCUCGCUGCCGCACACGGACUGCCUCGUAUUUCCGAUUUCGUAACUUCUAUUUUACCACGCUCGUCUGUUAAACGUACUUCCAGAAUGCGACAUGUACUCAACGCGACAACGCCCAUUCUAGCGAAUCGGAUUUAGUCUUGAUCUUAGACUUGAACCAAUAUUGAGAUCUGUGAAGGUGCAGUGCAACGUCAAAACCUAUACACUUUUCAACCAACAGCAAAAAUGUUAGCAUCUUGUUCAUUAUGUGACGAUUAUUUCACCGGAAUUCAUCCUGAAUCAAUUCAUACAACAUAUUGUGGUCAUGUUUUCCACUACGAAUGUCUCAUGACAUGGAUUCAAAGAUCGCAAACAUGUCCACAUUGUCUGUCAAAAGUAACCAAAAUGCAAACUAUUAAAUUAUAUUUUCACAGCAAUUCAAAUUUAAGUAUAAAAGAAGACAUAUCUUCACUGACACACCAAGUGCAAUCACUUACAUAUGAAAAUACUCUGAAGGAAGAAGAAAUAAAAAAAUUGUUAACUAUAACCAAAAAAGAUAAAGAAAAAGUAGCUGCAUUAAAGAAACAUGUCAAAGAUGUGCAAGACGAAAUACGAGGCCAUCAAACAAUUGUAUUCAGUUUGCAAGAAAGUGUGCGUUAUUUUUUAUCUGAAUGCAAAAAAUCUAAUCGCUACAAACUUGAAGCUGAAGAAUUAAAAAAAGAUUUGGUUAAAUACCAAUCAAUAAACAGUAUAUUAUAUGGAACAGUUGCGGAUUCUCAAGAAGCUGUAUCUUUGUUUAAAAAAAAGACUGAUAUUCAAACUCUAUGUUUACUUAUAACCUCUUUUAAAAAAGAAAUUCAGACUUUAAAAGAAAGUAAUAGAGAUUUAGAAACUAAGUUUUCACAAUGUAUCACUAAAUACAUGGAAUUUAAAAGACAUAUUUUGUGCAAUGUAAAUUCAAAACAAUCCAUGAAUGCCCAAGUAAUGGAAAAAUUGAAAUCAGGAAUUACUGAUUUUGAAGCAGAUAUUGAAAGACUGCAAAAAAAAUGUGAAAAUUUAAAAUCUUUGGUGCAAGCAAAUGAUGAUACUCCAAGAAGAACUGAAUUACGUAAAAGAAUAGUAUACGAAAGUCCAGCUCUUGAUUUGUCCAUUACUCCAAGUUUAGAAAAAGGUUCAAAAACAGUUAUAAACUCUCCAGAAAAUUCAGUUUCCUCAAUGGAACAACCAAAAGGUCAAUUAAAGCCACAUAUUAAAGAACAAUCAUCAUCACAAUGUGUCAACACAUUUAUGCCAAAAAGUCCUCGAAGACCAAUUGGAUUUAUGAGACCACCUUUAACUACUAAAUCGGUAAGUGCAAAUAAUGUACCAAAAUCUAUGGUCGUUUCGAGUAGUUUAGAUGAAGAAAUGUAUGAUGGUCUUGCUUGUCGUUCGAAACCAGAUGCGUACCCUAGCGGACAGAAACCAGUAACUAGAAAACGAAAAUAUAAAAUAAAUUAGUUUUUAAUUUCAAAAAAAAAAACACCACCAUCAAUUAAAGGUAAUAAAACUUUGGAUAGUUUUGUAUCUGCCGAAAUUCUUUAAUUAUGUAUAGCUUACUAAAAAAAAAAACAUAUUUAUAUAAGUGUAAUUUUUUAUACUAUUUAUUUGACAAU